AUGGCGAGGGACCUUCAAUCAAAAGAUCCUCAGCUACAAGAAUGCAUUAAAUUAAUCCGGGAGAUGACAAGCAUCAUUGAUCCUGCGGAUGACUACCUCACAAUAACCGCAGCCGAAGAGCAAAUGAAGGUCAAUUAUGCCCGAGGAAAGAAAGAGAACGAAGAGGCGUAUGCAGAUUUGAAAGCCUUGUCUCGCGUCUUGGAGGCUGCCAAGAAAUCUUCAAUGCGACCACCGAACGUGCCCUCUUUGGAAAAGCACGCAUCCCAUCUCAACGACCUCGACGGAUCCAGGCUGUCCUUAGCCAAGGCUAUCCGUGACGCGGAGGGCUCUCUAGCUAGUAAAGAGGCUGAGCUGGCAGCCUUGAAAGAGCAAGCGCGUUCAUUAGAGGAAUCAGAUCCUGCCAAGGAUCACCAGACUCAGCUAGAUGGCUCUGCAUUGCGCUUGAAGAUCUACAGAGGGUUGGGGUUCGAACCCGUUCUUGACAAGGACGGGCGAGUGACCAAGAUGCUUGUUCGCAGCGAAUCUAAUGACAUCCACUCCUUCCCGUCCGAUGGAAGUAAAUCAGAUUUUGAUGAUGCUGCUCAGCUUUGGAGGCUGGCAAUCUCAUGA